GAUGGUGGCAGGAUUUUGCCGUGGAGGUCGUCCGGAAGUGGCUGAGAUGCGGUCAAUACAGGGCCCGACCUGCUCUGCGCUUCCUGAUGUCGCGGAAAGGUCGGCCGGCGCUUCCAGGUCUCGCUGACGGGACAUCCACAGCUGGUCAGCGUGUUCGGCCAGCGCCUGUGUGUCGGUAACGGGAUCGCUGGCGAGCUGCAGGCGGAUGUCGGGCGGGAGCUGCUGGAGGUUGGCAUGUUUAAACAAGAAACAGGGCUUGUGGUUGCUCAUAAGGGCGAGCUUGUCCUCCAGGAGGGCCGGCGAUCACCGAGGCCGUCCAUGCGCAGAAUCUGAGCUGCCCGAUCGGACUAGCUAAGGUCAAACCUCCUGAUGAGCAGGGCCCUGAGGCCUGCAUAUUUGUUAUCAGCUGGGUGGGGCGAGGAGGUAAGGUUUUACUCGCCUCGCAGUCACCUGGUCAAGAGCGCUGAUGACAUAAUAGUAUUUUGAUGCAGCCACCGUCACACCCCGCAGAGCAAACUGUGCCUCUGCUGCUGGAACCAGAUAUCAGGCUUCAGUCCACAAAGUCAGGGGCUUCAGCACGACGGCGUCUGGUCCAUCACGAAGCGGGAUGAACGUCGGGGUCACCAAUGUAGUGGCCUGGACGCGGUCAGAAAAAGGCUAGACGCCAGGCAGGUUCAAAGGUUCUUUAAUGAGGGUUGGGAACAUCCACUCACAACUGUGGGCAGUCCCUUGUCCCUGUCCCUCAAGUGCCGAGGGGGAUGACCCAAGGAGUGGCCUAAUAUCCAGGGACUGCCACACCAUUACAUUAAAGUAAGAACUGUUCUCUAUGAGUGAAACUGGAGCUUGUGAAAACCUGGAACAAAGGAUUGGUUUAUUGCUAAAGCCUGACGCUGACAACUAGACAAGGUCGCCUCCUGUGCUAUCUGACUAAUGAAGAUUGGAAACUUCGGAAGCCAACGUGCAGGGGCAGAGUGGAGAAACGACACAGAUUUAUUGCUCGGAUUCGGAAGUACUUCAGGAGAACCAGAAUGUCAAAUACGGAACUAGUGUUAAAUGAUAAAUUGCCCGGAGCCAUGGAUUCUCCAGUUCAAGGCCAGGCUGGCUGCAAUACACCAGAUAGCCAAGAUGGACCAAAUAACGUGAGGCAAAGUAGCAAGAAAACAUCACCAGAGCCCAGCAGUCCCAAAGUUAAGGUGCUUGAUACAAGUCCAAAAGAACAGAUUGGAAUAUUAAGAAACAUUUACAGAUUAAGUAAAAGAAAAUUAAGCUUCUCGCCUUCAAAAAGCUCAGACAAGGAUAAACCAUCGGUUAUGUCAAACGAGAGCACAGCAAAUAACUCGCAGAUGGGAAUCAGAGAAGAGGAAAUCAUGUGCAUUGCAGUGCAAGACCAAGACGAUAAGGCAACUGAGAACACAAUUGCACCAUUGUCAGUAAUGGAAAUAAACCAGUUAAUAACCAAUAAAUUGUUUCUGGAGGCCAAUGAAAAUAUAAAUAAAUUGGAAAAGGAGUUGCUGAAUGAGAGAAAGUUUGCAAAAGAUGACGAAUGCCACCAAAAAAACAAGAUCAAAGUUCGAGAUCUUCAUCUGCUUCAUGACGCACUUGCCAAACAAAUAACGUCCAUAAUUGCCAAUUCCCUCACUAUGCCCGAAGAAAAUAGCAGCCAUCUGCGUUCAGCAAUUAACGUUAUUGAUGUGGAAGAAGCAGCAGAUAAAGAGUGGCAAGAGGCAAUGAAUCAUUCUGAUGCUGAGUGUUUCAGAAGACCCAGAAAGUGGAAAGAAUUGUGGGCAGAAACAGUAGCCAAAAGUGUAAAGGAACGGAUAUCAAACCUGCCCUUCGUUGCAAAGGAGCAGAAGGCUUCAUGGAUGGCACUGCACUUAUUAGACCUUCAACAAACCAUUGUGGAGGAUUUGAAAACUGUCAAAAACUUUACCCAAAAGAGUUAUCCGGGAAGUUACAAUAUUUUUAAUGUGUACCUGAAAUAUUAUCACCAAACUGUAUCUUCUCACUUGGAAUGUAUCCAACAAAAACAGCUCGAAUCUAAUGAUCUUUAUGCACUGCUCAACUGGAUUAUUCACACCUACAAAAGUGGGGAUGUUAUGAACCAUCCUGAUCUUUUACCAGAGGUAAAUGUAGAAGAACUGGGACCACUGUUGGACCAAGGGAUUAUAAAGAAUAUCAUGGACAAGUACACUGAAGCUUUAAAGUUAAAAGUUCCAACAUGGAUGAUAAAUACACUGAAGGAAGACAAAUCAAAAUGGUCAGAAUCUGCAUAUGAACCAGAAAUAAUGAUGGGUUGUUAUCAUUCUCAUGUUGCCUCUGAUAUAUGUGAGAUGAUUGCAUCUCAUUUGAACGAAUCGGGCAAGAUCAGCAAGGAUCUGAAGAAGAGUGUUUUAUGUUACUGCUUGGAAGAAUUAACAAAUUUUAUACACUGCUACCAACAAGACCUGAAGGUCAGAAAACAGAGUGCUUCAAACCCAUUACCUCUCCUGGUUGUCAGCAUCAACAGCUACACUGCCCUCGAGGAAUUCAUGAAGACUCUUAAACAAGAUAAUGACGCUCAUUUCGGAAAAGUGGAUAAGACACUAAAGAAUUCAGUGCAGGAACUCAACAAAAUUCUCUCAGAUGACCUUCUGUUUCAAGCAUUGCCUUGUUUUAAGAAGCUCAUGACAAGGAAUUGGUUAACCUGCAGUGAAGAUUUUAAUCAGCUAAUAAGAAAGACUGAAAUAUAUUGCAAAGACUUCAAGAAAAUGAAGCAGGCCAAUUGCCAGGUGCUGAUUUCUGAUCUCCACUAUCAGUUUGUUAAAGAGUACAUUAUACAAAUGAUGAAAAUGAACAUCAGCUGGAAAUUACCUGCAAGACGUGUCACAGCAGCAAAUAAGAUAAAAGAAGAACUGGGAAGAAUAAGUAAGAUGUAUCAAGAAUUUGGUACAACUGCUUCAUGGCUUUUUCCAGUAACCCAACAUUUGUUUGAGUUUAUUAACACAAAUGAUACCGAUCUUGAAUCAAAGCUUAUCGCAUUAUACAAGGACUAUCCUGAUAUUGGUGAGGAGCAUAUUUCAGCCCUUCUUUACUUCCGUGGGAUUUCAAGAGGAAGAAAGAAAAGCAAAUUAAUGGAACAUUUCAGUCAACUGGAGGAAACUAUGAAAGAGCCAAUAAAACCUAGCCACCCCUUUCUUUUUGCCGAUAUAAAAACUGGACCAGUGACCUGCUUGCCAUCAUUUUAAUUUGCUUUAAAUGUUUAGAGUUGCUGCUGCACAGGUUUGAGGGCUGAUUGUCUUGGUAAACAAAAUUGUGAAUUGUCAUGUCAUAAGUGAUUGGAGUAGAACUAGGCCAUUCGGCCCAUCAUGACUGAUCUAUCUCUCCCUCCCUCCUAACCCCACAGUAUUCCCAUGUGUGUGUGUAGGAUAGAGUCAGUAUUCAUGCAUUGCUGGUCAGCGCGUACUCUGUGGGCCGACCAGCGAUUGGAAACACGGGACAAUGAACUAAACUGAACUGAACAAGUAAAUGACUCCAAUCACUUCAGCUUCAUGAUCAGAAAAAUGUUAAUUUACAACACGUUAUUACCAACGACAUUGUAGUAAGAAGCCGAUGUGUGUAAAAUAAAUCUACAGAUCGAAAA